AUGGGUAAAUUCAACUACAGCGACGGCAUCGCCGUUCUUGAAUUGAUCGCCUACCUGCCCGCCUUCUUCGUUGCUGCUUUCUUGGUCUUCCGCCAUGGUAUACGUACCUCUGGUGGUUUCAUUUUCCUUGUCAUCUUCGGCCUAGUCCGUAUCGUCGGCGCGGUAUGCGAACUGGUUACCAUCAACUAUCCGUCUAAGGGAGUUUAUAUCGCAGCUGCGAUUUGCAGCUCCGUUGGACUGUCACCACUUCUCAUGACAUGUUCCGGCAUGCUCUCCAGAGCUAACGAGUCCAUGCCUCGCCCCACCAUUCCUCCUCUCCCGCUGCGGCUCUUCCGUAUCGUCACUAUGGUUGCUCUGGCAUUGACUGUUACCGGAAUUUCCUGGCACAUGAAGGGAGAUACCAUCGAGCCCAACGUCGAGGUCAAGGUCGGCAUGAUCCUGUACCUUUUUUGCUGGUUCGUCCUGAUUGCCGGUCUCGGACUACUCUUCCUCCAACGCUCCACCAUCGCCAAGGGCGAGAACCGAAACCUGGCUGCUGUCGGCGUCUCCGCCCCAUUCCUGCUUGUGCGAACUGUCUACGCGAUGCUGGUCUGGUUCCUUGACAACAGCACUUUCAGCCCGGUCGGUGGAAACAACACUGUCAAGUUGGUUCUGUCCGUGCUUGACGAGAUCGUCGUCGUCUUUACUUGCCUGGCUAUUGGCUUUACUUUGCAUAUCCGUGAAAACGAAAGAAAGGAGUGGAAGGAGGUUCCUGACCAGGAAGUUGAGGCUCGGGAGCUGCUUGCGCAGCAGAGCCAAUACGCGCCCUAUCGUUAA